AUGUUCACCAAAGAGAUGUUGACCGAGCAAUUCAGUCAAGUGUUGAUUAGCAAAGAUGAAGACAGUGGAAAAGACAUUGUUUCGUUGUCUAGAUCAGAGGAUUCAAAGGAUAAUGCCGAACAAACAGUAAGGAAGCAGACUAUGCAAAAGAAUAAAAAUACGGAGAAAAGACCGAUGGAGAAGAAAAAAGAGUUGCAGUGGAAACGAGAGAAUUGUGCGCAGCCAGUUGGCAAAGUGAUUAAGUUUACUGGACAUUUAUAUAAAGGCAAAGAAGGAUACGUGAAGCUUGUAGUGCAGUGGUUUUAUCGUCCAGAAGAUGUCGAGGAAGAAUAUCUCGGAAAAUGGGAAUCCAAAGGUGCAAGGGACCUCUUCUACAGUUUCCAUCGCGAUGAAGUGUUUGCUGAAUCCGUGAAGCACAAUUGCAUUGUGCAUUUCGUGCCGGAUAACAAGAAAGUCCCAGAACCGUAG